AUAAAUAACAUAGUUCUGAUGUCUUUCACCUCUGCUAUUAGCUGUGGUUUUACUGAGAACAAGCAGCUCAAACUGUCAGUUCAUGUGUUCAGAUCAUUCUUUGCUUCAUCUGUGGAAUCUGGAUAGUUUCAUUUUGCAGCUUCAUCAUGUUUAAAUACUUGUUUCUCAUCUUGUAUUGCUUUUAUCAGAUUCAAGUACAAGCUUUUCCUUCAGCUAAUCUAAUAGCGAAUAAACACACGAUCACAGAGUCAGACUCAGUUACGCUGCAUUGUCAGACUCCAUCAUCUAUUGCUGUGGAUCAGUGUUAUUUCUAUACUGAUCGAGGACAAACUCCUAAAAUCUUCCCCUGCCUGCAGACACUGACAGGAACUGAUCUACUGUCUAUGUCACGGCAGCGUCCACCUGCUAAUGUUGAAGUCAAGUGUUUUUAUACUGUAAAGUAUGAAGACACACGUUAUCCGUCUCCACACAGUGACUCAGUCUCCAUCGCUGUACACAGUCAAAAACCACAGAUGAGCUGUUCUGAUUUCGGAGACCACGUUGUCUUCUCUUGCACUUUGCCUGAAUCUGUUGAACAUGGUACAAAAUGUAACUUGUACAUUGGAGAAGCAGAUCAUCCAGUCUCAACAACAACCAUUAUGAAGAAAACCACCUCAAGAAUACAGCAGUUGUGUCAGUUUUAUAUCAUGAGAGACGUUUUGCUGAAACUCAUACAAUUAGUUCAGCUAAAGGAGGCCAGCUGUGAUUACAGCCUGGAACAUGAACCCAACUUUGCUUCUGCUCGUAGUGAUGGAUGCAGCUUGACUGGUAAGUCAGAGAAGACAAGUAUAUACAUAUUAAAUGACUUAACAGUGUUUAACCUGACCUGAAUGGUUAUUUU